AUGUGUGCCCUCCCGCCGGCUUGGCUGUGGCUGCUGCUCGGCCUCCUGCCUCUGGAGAUCCAGGCCCGCGCUGUGACUCUGAGGAGCCUCUCUCACAGACACAGGUUGGGUUUAUCCAGAAGUUCUAAACAGCCAAAGUCUUCUCCUCACCCCCCCGCCGUGCCUGCUGUGUCUGAUAUGGCUGUUACCACAGACAACCACAUCCCCCUAGGAGACAGUCAUGUCCUCUGGAGAGCCCUGCUGCACAAAGAGGCCCAGCUGCACUUGUCCGACCAAUUGCUUGACCAGAGCAAUGUGCUACAGGAAGCGCCAGUUCGUCAACACAGGUCAAGAGGUCGUCGUCAUGCCAACACUGGUGGUGGGCGGGGCCACAGCCACCUGAUGAGGGUGGGCUGCGUUCUGGGCACCUGUCAGGUUCAGAACCUCAGCCACCGUCUCUACCAGCUGAUUGGACAGAGCGGGAGGGAAGACUCCUCCCCCAUUAACCCUCGCAGUCCUCACAGUUACGGCUAA